UCCUCCUCUUCCUCCUCCUCCUCCUCCUCUGUCCUCCUCUCCGGGUUUAGUCCGGGUCUCUCUCCAUCAGCAGCGGUCUGGAUGCUCGCAGGGACACAAACAUGGCCGUGAAUCUCUCCAAGAACAGACUGGUCCUGCUGACCGCGUACCAGGACGUCAUCGACGAGACCUCGGAGACCGACUGGGCUCUGUACACGUACGAGGACGACACCAACGACCUGACCAUCUCUGCGUCCGGAGGAGGCGGUCUGGCAGAGAUCACGCUGACCUUCGACAACGGCAGCGUGAUGUACGGCUUCUGCAGCCUGAAGGAGCCCGCCGCCGCGCUGCCGCGGUACAUCCUCAUCAACUGGGUUGGAGAGGACGUUCCAGAUGCCAGGAAGUGUGCGUGUGCCAGCCAUGUCUCCACCAUAGCGGACUUCUUCCAGGGCGUGGAGGUCAUCAUCAACGCCAGCAGCCUGGAUGACAUCGACCCGUUGGCCAUCGGGCAGCGGCUGACCAACGGGACGGCGGCGGUGGCGAGCCCAGUCCUGAGUCGCCUGAAGACCCGAGAAGAAGAACACGCAGACGUGGGCACCGUGUACCAGAAGACCAACGCCGAGGUGGAGAUGAAGAAGAUCAACAGAGAGGAGUUCUGGGAGCAGGCCAAGCGUGAAGAGGAGCUGAGGAAGGAGGAGGAGAAGAAGAAGGCUGCAGAGGAGCGGCAGCGGUUCGAGGAGGAGCGAAUGGAGCUGGAGAAGAAGGAGCAGGAGAACCGAGAGAUGAGGUACCGCGAGAGGGAGCAGCAGAUCGAGGAGCACCGGAAGAAGAUGCAGGAGGAAGAGGAGGCCAAAGAAAGGUUGCGGAACCAGACCACCGUAGCGUCUGAGCCGAGCCUCGAGGACCUUCAUCUGGACAAGAAGGAGUCGGAGGUGGAGGAAGCGAAGGCCAUCAUCGCCCAGCGCUCGGAAAACCCUCGAGAGUUCUUCAAGCAGAAGGAGCGAGCGAUGACCGUCAGCGUGGACGCCUCGCCGCUCUCCGUCCACCGGACCGGCCGUUUGGACAGCCCGUUCUUGAGGCAGCAGCACAAUCCCAGCACCCCGCCCCGAGGCGCAUCCCCCCUCCGCACCUCGCCUCACGCACGAACGCAGCCCGCCGCUGCAGCCGGGGACGACGACGAUGAUGAUGAAGAGCACAACAUGGCCACCGCCUCACCCAUCCCUAAAAUAGUCACUACGCCGAUCAAAGAGGACUUCAGUCGGGAGGAUGAAGACCGCAGAGAAGAGUGGGAUUAUGAGCCCCAGCCAGAGCAGAAACGGCCUGUCCAGGAGUCCACAUCCUCCACGACUGUGGAGAGUGCCGUCCCACAGGCCUUAGACUCCUCCGGCUUCUCUGCGUGGAACUCCCAGACGGAUAACCUAGUCGACUUGUGGGACAGCAGCUCAGCCCCCGCCGCCAACCCCGCUCAGACUUCCCAGUCCUCUAAUCUGGUGGACCUGAUGGGAGACGCUGGCGUGCUCCGUGACGACGUCCCGCCCAGCACCGCCACCAGCAGCGGCAGGCCUCAGCCCCUCCUCAGCUUCGACGAGAUGAUGGACGGGAGCUUCUGCUCGGGCACCGCCGUCGAGGACGACCCAACAAGUCUGGUGGACGUGAUGGGUUCUGACCAGAUGACCCUCAGCUACCAGCAUGCACUCCAGCACGCCUCCGGGGAGGUUCGAGAAUUAGAUGAUGGACAGCUGCUGAUGACCAAUGGGGAGACGUUGCUGAAAGAAGGAACUCAGGCGAGCGAGGGGUAUUUUAGCCAAUCACAAGAGGAAGAAUUCGGCCAAUCAGAGGAGUCCUCAGCUAAACCAGCUCCAGUUUUUUAUAACAAGCCACCAGAGAUCGACAUCACGUGCUGGGACGCUGACCCCGUGGUCGACGAUGACGAAGACUAACCCGCCAAGCCGGAUCGAGGAAGUAGGAAGCGUUCUUGAAGAAACAGGGAUUUUGUUUCUUAAAAAAAAAAAAAAAAAAAAA